AUGUCCCUUCCAGAGCCAGCCAAACCACGUCGUAGCGUGCUCGCCGCCGUCGUCUAUCUUCCGUUCACCGUGUUCAUCGCGUUCCUUGCCACUGUCCUGCCUGCUCUCCGCCCGUUCGCCCCCAGGCUCGUCCCUCUUUUCGUCUGCUCCUUGUUCAUUCCCCUUGUUCUCCUGCUUUCCUUCUCGGCUGCCUAUGUAGUAUGGUCCAGUCUCUCAGUUAGCUGGCAAGUCCCAUUGUAUCUACAGUAUGGAGACGGUGUGCCUCCGUAUGCUUUCGUCUUUCUGCCGUCUCUCGUUCCAAACCAGCGUUACGACAUAUCUGUCAACCUCAUUCUCCCUUGUACCGAAGCUAACAUUCAACUGGGAAAUUUCAUGGCGUCUCUCACCCUGUCGACUCUGAACAACAAAACUCUGGAAUACGUCCGAAGGCCUGCCAUAGUCCUGCCGGCACGGAAUCCUUUUUGGCUCUCUAGUAAAACUAUCGACAAGGUCAAAAUCCCUAUGCUGCAGUCUUUCAUUGCUGGAAAGGCGAAUUUAGCUGCAAAAGUUGAGAUUGGUCGACAUGACAGUUGGACUACUCUAGGCCAAGGUUAUGGCCGUGAAGUUAAUGUCGCCUCUGCGAGCCUGCAGGGUUUGGUUGUGCCUCAUGGCAUUCGUGGUUUGGCUAUCCGGUUCCCAUUGAUUUCUGCUCUGGUAUCAGGAGGCAUUUUUCUUUGUAUAUUGAGUGCCAUUCUCGGUACUUGUAUUCUUCCCCUUCUACUACCGGCACCACAGGCAGAAGAAGAAGAAGAAGAUACGUCGGAAGUCAAGGUCGAAAAGACACAGUUGCAAUCAGUGGAUAUCCCCGAAUCCAGGCGAGGGAGGAGGACUAGCAGAAGAAGACGUUCAAGGUCUGUCAAAUCCUCAGAUGACAAAGAGAUCAAGGUAGAGGAAAGUGCGCAAAACAUUAUCCCAGAAGACGACGGUUCUACAAAAAGUCUUCGAAGACGUCCUACAAAACUGGCUGCUCAGUCGGAUGAAGAAUGA